AUGUCUUCUCCCUACCAACCAAAGCAGGUGACUCAGUAUGAAGCCUCGCACUUGAUCGAGCUGAUGGGCAACGUUAGCGAAACCAUCAUUGAUUACUCUCUUGACAUAAUUCCUCCAUUUAAACCCACUGAUCUCAUCCACGACAAUGCGUGCGGUGCCGGAGUUGUGUCCCAGGCUAUCAUAGAAAAGAUUCCACCGUCUGCCGAAGGACUUCGUAUCCAGGCAACCGAUAUCAACCCCCAGUUUGUGAUUGCCUGCGAACAGAUGGCGAAACUGAACAAAUGGCCAGUGGAGGCACACGUGAUGGAUGCCCGCGAUCUCGACUUCUCGAACAACCACUUCUCUCACUCUUUCAACAACUUCGCUUUCCAUUCCAUGGACGUCGCUAGACAUGGCUUGAAGGAAGUCCACAGGACCCUGAAGCCGGGGGGCAUCGCCAUGGUAUCCACGUGGAACGAAAUGCCACACACAGACGCCCUUAAGCAUGCUAAUCGCCGAACACGUGGAGACGAUGCCCCUCUCCCGGUGCUACUCCAAGAUAUGUCAUUCGAGGAGGAACAUAUGAGAAAGGAAUUGCAAGAUGCUGGGUUUGAUCCUGACAAGACAAAGAUAUACCACAAGGAUGCAUUUGUCACCAUUCCCGACUUAAGGCGUUGGGCACAGUUAGCAUGGAGCUGUUUGGGCGCUCUACCAUUUGGAUGGCUCCGUGAAGACGAGGAGAAAUGGGAAGAGGCCCUUAGCGAUAUUGUUGAGCAGCUUGCUAAUAGUGAUGGGAUUUCCAAGAAUGAUAAGGGCGAGACUGUGAUGCGAUUUGCGGGAUGCGUUGCCAUCGCUACCAAAAAAGGUUGA